AUGCUAUUCUUAUUGUUACUACCAUUACUUUCUUACGGAUUGAAUACAAAAGUCAAAUGCAUCAUAGAUCCACUGACUAAGGCUUGCGAUCAUUUAACUAUUUAUUUCAAUCCUACAUAUCCUAUUCGAAUAAAUUCAAUCAUCUAAUUAACAUUACCUUUCAUCAUUCAAGGACAAGAAUAACUACUUCUUACUUCGUUUGACGGUAUAAAUUAAUAACGAUUUAGAGUCAACUGUUGCCCUAUUAACAUUAACAGGAAGUACACAUUUUACAGUGACUUAAAUAUUACCUGAAAAUACUUGGUAUAAAUGCAAUUUAACAUUGUCUACAGUAUUAUCUAAGAAAUAACAAGGCAUUGGAUAAUUUUAAAUGAAUAUUGUAGCCUCAGAAUACUCAAAUACGUUAAUUUUAGAAUAAGGUCCUUAAAUUCCUCUUACAUACUCAGUCUUUAAUUAAAUUUAUAAUCCACCAUCAAUAACUCCAAUAGCAACAGUAAUUCCAUCUUCAUCUGGAACAUUAUGUGUAACUUCUGAUUGGGGAUUUACAUUAAAUAAAAAUAUUGUUAGAUAACAAUAAUCUAUGACUUUCACGCUCAGCUAUGAUGCUACUAACGAUAGAAUUGAUGUAAUACUUACUCUGGUUGAUUUAAAUAGUGGAUUUAUAUUUCAUAGAGAAUGCUAUUUUUCAGGACCAGAAGUAGCCAAAUUUACUACUGAAUGUACCCUAAAAUAAACAGGAUCUAAACUUACAUUUUAAUUAAGAAGUUAAAACUCAGUACUUUUAAAAUAGUAAACUGAAUAUCUACUUGAAUUUUAUGUAUCUCAUUAAGGAGACACAAUUACAGCAAGCACCUUUACAACGGAAAUCUAUCAUGAUACCCAGUUGAUUGAUUAAUGUUAAUCUACAAAAACAUUUUUAAUUGAUGAAAAAGAUAUGCCUGCUUCAUUAUUUCAAAUAACUGAGGUAGAACUAUAUUUAGAUACACCUAGUAUUGGUGUACCAACAUUUAUGGGUGUGGCAUUUAGACCCAAAAAUAUAUAAAUAGAUACACUUAUUAGAAUUGA